AUGGUCAAUACCCGCAAUCGGAAUCGUUCCCCUCCUUGGGAUGAUGCCGGCGACGUCUCUGAAGAAGAUUCGCCUGUACCACCCCCAGUUAACACUAAUACGGAUGUUGCCGCACUCCUAGGAACAUUUUGCGAGAUAUGCAAUGGGAACAUCAAGAAUGCUACCUGGAUAAGGGAUCUAGAGAUGAUCUUUGAGGUACUACCAUGUAAUGAUAUUGAGAAGAUUCGAUGUGCCACUUUCCAACUCCGAGGUGACGUUGAUGCGUGGUGGCGUUCCUCAAAGGAGCAUUUCUGGGCCAAAUACCCAAAUGCAACCUGGGCUCAAUUUACAGAAGCUUUUCUCGAGAAUUACUUUUCGAGGAACUUUCGAGAGAAGAAGGAAAUUGAAUUCAUGAGCCUCAUCCAAGGAUCCAAGUCAGUCCUUGAAUACCAGCAGGCCUUUGAGGAAUAUUUCUAUUUUGCUCCGACACACUUGAAGGUUGAGGAAGUUAAGGCAAGAAGGUUCGAAAGAGGGCUGAGAGCCAACUUGAGUACAUAUGUGGUACUACACAAGUACCCUACCUAUGCGGAAGUGGUUCAGGUCGCUAAGUUGAUUGAAGAUCAGCAGAGAGAGGACUAUAGGGCCAUACAAGCUGGUAAGAGGCCAAUGUCAUCUCAUGACUUUAGGGGGCCUAAUAAGUUCCAGAAGAGAGGGGCCUACACGACUGUAACUCCAAUUCAGUCCCGUAGACCUGAUGUGGCCCAGGCACCCAAAGCUACAUCGGACCCUUAUUAUGAGACCCAAACUUUUGUGUGUUACAACUGCAAGGAGUCCAGUCAUAUGGUCAAGAAUUGCCCACAUCCUCGACAGGCUGGUUCGGGGCCAACUGUGACUUCCAAGGCACCCCAAGCAAAGGCCGAAACUCGCCCAUUUCUUCCUCCUCCAGCAAGCAAAACUCAAGGGCGAGUAUAUUCUAUCACUCACGAAGAAGCCCAGUCUGACCCUAGUGUCAUCACAGGCAUAAUUUCUGUGUGCUCCCUACCUGCUUAUGUGUUGUUUGACUCGGGAGUGUCACACUCCUUUAUAUCACCUUCGUUUGCUGAGAAACUACCUAUUAGACCGGCAAGAAUGGAACAGAAGCUGAUAGUUUAUACAUCGACUGGAAGCAAGGUCGAGCUUGACCAAGCCUUCAAUUCUUGCCCUGUUCGAGUAAGCGACCAUGGGCUGGAGGCUAGUUUGGUAAUCUUGGAUAUGAAGGACUUCGAUAUCAUUCUAGGAAUGGAUUGGUUGUCCACUCACGGAGCCAGCCUGAUCUGUGCAGAGAGGAAAAUACUCUUCAAGUCAGAAGAAGGCAAGGAAUUUGUGUUCAAGGGCAACAAAAGUAAAAAGCCUAGAAAAACAAUCAUUUAG